AUGGCUUGCCGCCGUCCGCUCGAGGUGGGCAUACUGUAUGACGUUGCUGGUAAGCCAGCGUUAAUGCUUGGCGGGCAUUACUUUGGCGGCGAAGUGUCGAUUAUAUACCUGAAUGACACGCACGUGCUGGACUUGGAAACGUUGGGGUGGGACGAAACGUUUAUUUUUGGCGGCAAAGGCGCCAAGGGGGCGCUGUAUCGCGACAUGUUUUACUUGGACAUAGAGACGUGGCACUGGUGCAGCGUGAAUUGGACCACCGAGUCCCCGUCCGAGCGACCUGGCCGUCGGAAACAAACUGGUGAUUUUUGUGGGUACAGCACAGUGCACUUUCGUUUAUUGACAGAACCUCAAUGA